AUGGACUCGUACGUGGCCUCUUCGUCGGAAUUUGCGUACGGCUGGUUUUCCUUGGUUGACGAACGGUGUCAUCACAUGGCGACGCAGCUCGACAUCGACCAUCUGGGCUUCGCGCUCCUCAAUAACGUUAUAUGGAACCAGAGAAAAGAGUCCGCCAAUGGCCUCAUCCGGCUGAUUGUCCAUGACCAUGGAGUAUCUCCAGUCUCUGAAUUGGUUUUGGUGCAGGUAGAGCCAGUGCUGUUGCGGGCCCACCACCAUUCCUGGUCUGAUCAUUCUCAUGUAACCAAUACACUCGUUAGCGGUGAAGCCGUGAGUGUAGAUCAAGUGUGCUCCGAUCAAACAGCCUGUUCUUCCCAAACCGGCCUUACAAUGAACGGCAAUCUUGCCGCCUCUUUGGAUCACUGUCUCUGCUGCACCGAUGAAUUUUUGAACAUAUUCCAUUGUUGGACAUGUUCCAUCGUCGAAAAUCAUAUCGAUAUGCUUGAUGCCUCUUUUUUCAAACUCGUUCUUGUCAUAAAGGUGAGAGUUGAGUCUCACCACGAGUUGGACGUUGCUCUUGACGAAAUAGUCCAAAACUUUCUUAAAAGGCUCGUUCAACGGAGCCCCAGAAGGGAGGCUCCUGUUGAGCUAUUGGCUGCAACACCUGGUGGGGUGACCAAUUUUGAACAAGAACCAUGUAACAACAUAACAAACAUGCUGCGUUGGUUCUCUCCUUUGCGCCAGACGAUGAGUAGAACACAACAGCCUUGUUCUUAUUGGAACUGUCGUUCAAGAUAUUGUGCAAAGUCACUGCAAAUCUGUAUAGGUGGCCAAUAUGGAGUGGUCCAAAGUCCAGGUGGAAAGCGUUAUAGGGAAGAGUCUCCUCAACGGUGA